AUGCCAAAUAGGAAAGUGUACUUUAACAUUGAAGCCAAUGGGGAAAAGCUCGGAAAAGUCGUCUUUGAGCUCUUUGAUGAUGUGGUUCCAAAGACCGCAGAGAACUUUCAUGCGCUUUGA